AUGCUCAUUACUGAGAUUUCCUACCCUCCAAAAUUACUGAGAUUCUUUUAAAUAAGAUUACUCAGUAUAAUGAAGGGUGGUUAAUAAUUUUUAAUAUUUUAAAUAAAAAGUGCUCUAAUGAUUAAUUUUGGAUUGCAGUCAACAACGAUUCCUAAUCCACAACCGAACACACAGUAGCCCCCAUCGAUAUUUGGUUAGCCCCAAACAUUACCACCAGCAAACUAAACACAAUAAGGGUUAUUGCCGUAGCCAUAACCAGCUCAAUAAUUGCAGCCAUUAUAGCCUACAACUACACCUUUGUAAGCUCAAAAUCAAGCACUCAAGAAAAGCGAAUUCGAGAACCUGGUUAAGUAUUACAAGGAAAAGCCAGAAUUGACAAAAUAGUAGGAAUUGCAAGUAUUCGUGCAGCAAACCAAGUAUUUAAAAAAUAGGAUCCAGAAAAAAUUCCAAAAGCAAAUUAAUGUUAAACAAACUCAAUAUUUAUUGGUUGACACUCUCAGUUAGAAGGUGUGUUAAUUAUUUCAAAAAUUUAACUUGAAUGAGCGUAAUUUAGAAUACACCAAGAAAGAUGAAUUAUAGAGAUUGAGUUAAAGAAUCAAAGCAGAUCAAGAGAAACAAAAUCUAUUGUUUUAAUCUUAACUUAAAGUCAAGGAAUUGUAUUCACAACAAGUGUCUAACUACUUAGAACUCAAUAACAGAGUUCAAACGAACAAAAAUAUGAUAAAUUCAAUUUAGAAAAAAGAAGCGCUAACACAGAGUAGACAUACAAAAGAACUAAUAAACCUGUUACAUGAGAAUAAAGCAGAUCAAGUCCAACCUAAAUCGGUCUCCAUCAAAUCUAUCUCUUUUAACACACACAAUCAAUUCAUUAUUGAAAAAUUGUUUAUUGAACAAGAAUUUUACUAGAAAUUGGAGCAAUUUUUGGAAUUCUAAAAAUUACGACAAAUGAAGGAGAAUAUUGAUAAAGCAGAUUAUUACGAAUCUUUGUUUUCAUGCUUUGUUAACAUCCAAAGUGAUCACAAAGAUAUUAUGAGAUUGUUGUCCCUCUAAUUUAAAGGAAUUUAGUUCCAAUCCCAAAAAAUUCAAAAGGAUCUGCUUUAGAACUCAAUACGACUGUUGGAAAGUGAAAUGAGUAGAAGAAUUGGAGUCAUGGACUUAGCCAAUAUUAAUUGUAAUCCAUAUUCUGCUAUCUUUAGAGAAAUUUAAAGAUAUUUACUAUGA